AUGCCAGACAACGGUGCCGAUAAGAGCAUCCCUGCUGUUUCUGUCGCUACCACCUCUCUCAGUGCUAAACCCGUCUUGCCCGACAGAUCAGUAAAGAAGCAGUAUAAGCAGCGGGUUCUCACCUACGGACGUCCGGGCGGUCCGACUCAGCCAGCAUCGUCAGUGCAUGUGCGACCCGUUGCGCCUGAACCCGCGAAUGAAGACUUCGAAGAUCCUAAAGGCAAGCAACUGUCGGUUGAGGAGCUUCAGUUGAAGUGCAAGGAGCAAUGGCAGAGGUAUUUUCCUUGGCUUCUCAUCUCCGAAAACAAGGACGGCCGGCCCUGCAUGCGCUGCAACGUCUGCAUGGUCUUCGGAGACCCCAACUACAAAUACGGGCGCAACGGCGAUGGUGGCAUCGACAUUCAGAAGCUGACGAUACGCAAGCAUCACCACAGUCUAAAACAUGAGGCGGCGGUCUUGAGGAAGGAGGAGCGCGACGGGGUGAAGAAAGUGCAGAAGUCCAUUGCUGACUUCCACCGAGGGGACGCUGAUGUCGACGCAACCCAUGUGCUGCCGAUGGUGCACAACACCACCUUACUGCUGCGCACACGUUACCUCGACUGCGACGACGAGUCUUUCGGACAGGGUGGAGACGCGUUGGGCCCAUUCCUCAACAAGCACGCAUCAGGGGAGUUCUGUGAGGUCCUCAUUGCUGGCACAGCUUCCGACGGCACAUCGGUCAGCCAUCGAUACCGACUGCACGAGGAGAAAAUCAAGGGGCAGAAAAGUGGUGUGGACCACCAAGCGUGUUUGGAGCUGGCGCGCGAGUUCAUCACGACCUUGGUUGGUAGGCUCGACUACCGCCUCAAGGACCUUUCACACCUCGAUGGUGCGAAGCUGUUGAAGCAGGGAUCGUAUCCCAAGAACCAGGCAAAGCGCGAACGCAGGCUAGGACAAUGGCUCCAGUCUCUGCGCAACAUGUUCAAGAAGAAGACAGAAGAUCCGGAUACCCUACCAGGUGCGUUAAAUCCCGGGGAUGUGCUGCUAUAG